AUGUUGCAUCAGCACCAGCCUGCGCAAGCAUCAUCAAACCAAUCUGCGCUGCAAUCCUCUAAAUCAGUUCGAAGGAAACGCCUGCAGCACUGUAUUCGUCAAAUUAAGCGUUUAAUUGCGGAACGAAUACCACCAAUGGAUCCGGAAAAAAAGCUGGGAACUAUAGAUGUACUCGAUAAAGCCGUCGAAUUGCUACGAGCAACGCCAGUGUUUGCUGAAGUCACUAAUCCCGGUCUUAGUCCACCUCAUUCUUGGCCUGAUUCACCGCUCGAUAGCAUAACACAUAUUAGUGACGAUACCUGGACACCAAAUGUUGAUUUCGCUCGUCGGCAUAUUUUUUCUGCAAAUAUCAAUCUACCGGAUGGCCGAAUUACUGAAUUCCAGAAAGUGACUUCGAAGGAAAUCAACAGUAUUGUUGGUCUGCAUUGCGGGACGUCUUUUCUGGAUGUGGUCGCACUUUACGGGCGACAAGCGUUGCUUGCUGGUGCAUACAAUGAUUCUAUCGAGAAGAAAAAAUUCUUACACGUCUCGUCGGCAGCAGAUGGGAAUAUAUUUCGUGUAAUGCACGCUCAGACAGCUGUGUCCGUCAUAUUGCUUCAUAAUUGUUGUAGUGUGGAGAAGACAUGCAAUGAAGCUUUCGAACUGCUAUGCGAGUACAAGCGUUCCGGUCAUGGAAGCACCGUAUCAACUCAUAUUCAUGCACUGGAACUGGAAAGCGCAUUUGGUCCAUCGAAAAUGCUGAGCACAUUUGUUUUCUCAACCCGUCAUACGAAUUCCUGUUCACUUACUCAUCUUGAUUCAUCAGCAGCCAACUACAUCGGUUAUUUGCCGGGUGAAGUGAUAAGUCAGUCAAUACUGCACCUCUUACAUCCAUAUGACAUGACACAAAUCAAACAGAUACAUGCAACUUUGAGUGUUCAACGAAGCGAAAUAGUACGGCAACGUCGUCUGAGAUGGAUUGCAUUUAAUGGUAGCAUAAUUCACACCAAUUCGGAAUGGUUUGCAUUUUGGAAUCCGUGGACUCAUAAAGUAGAUAGUAUAAUCGGACGACAUACGCUAAAUGAGCAACCGAUAGGGAAUGCGGAUGUGUUAGCUGAACCAUGUGCGCCGCGUAUUAUCAAUCCAUUAGAUGAGUUAACAAUACGUAAUAUUGAAUCUGAAAUUACUGCUAUACUGAACAAGGAACCAAUAAUACUGAUAAGGGAUGAAAGAUACAAGGCAGCACCAAUUGCACAUCAAAAAAACUCAAAUUCAGUUGAGCUGAAGUCUUCUGGUACACAUCUUGGGACUUACAUUGAUAAUCUUAUCGAGACAUUCGUCAUAAAUGCUGGAAGUCCCGGAAAUAAGUAUUUGGCACCCGUUGUUGAUGCCUGUCGAUCUCCAAUUAAUCCAACUGAUCUUUCCUCAGCAAACUGCUGCAACGCUAUCCCUUUGACAUAUAACCAGAUUAACUGCCUGGAAAAUGUACAUCGACUAUUAAAAAGUCAACAACAUGCAGGAAAUGUGGCUACAACACCGACAACUAUCGAGACAGCACCAAAAAACAUUUUAUCGUCGAAAUUACCACUAUCAGAAGAUUCAAAAAGUCCAUUUCCCGUACCAGAACAAGAAGAUGACAAUAGGAUGUCUGCGGAUAUAGCAGCACCAGCUAUGCCCCUCACGAGGGAACUUCUGCAACAACAUACCCGAAAAUGGGAACAGGAGUAUCACGAUACAUGGAAAAAACGACUCGGUCUGAAAAGAUCCAUUCAGCAAACGGAGUUUGUUGUGCCGGUAUCUUCGAAAAUUUUCCGCGAAAGCAGUCACAGAUUAGCGCUAACACAGAGUGCACCAGCUGCGCUUCCUUCACCGAGGUCAGAUUGUUGGGCACCGAUGAACAAAGACGAUUAUUACAGAAGCCUUGGACCAAAUCCUCCUCCACCUCCGGGCAAAAAUUUCCAAAUUACAUCAGUGCCAUUACCACCUCCACUACCGACUGAGGAACGUCGGUCUGCGUUCGCUCCGCUUCCCAGUACCGCAGCGUCUCCAUUUCCCCACACUCUAAAAUUACCUCGCGAUAUAUCACAACCGAUCAACUUGUCGUUGACUGGAAAUAUCCAUUCAACAGUAGGAAUAACAACUCAACACCGUUCCGUUAUAAAAACUGCUCUAACAGUCUCAUCACAGCAGCAAAGACAACAUCUCGAGUCCAACAGCUUGGCAUUACCACCAUCAGCGGGAACAGUACAACGUUAUUUGUCUACCGGAAAUCCGAUAGACACGACUCUGGAAUGGUGUCCAACUACAGAGUACUAUAACAGUGCUCCUGAAGAAGUUGGAGAAACCUGUGCAGCACGGCUGAUGAAUAUGGCGCAACGAGCGCAGCAACAAUUGGAGCAAAAACGAUUUCAUUCUCCGCUUGCUACUUCACCAGUUAAGGAAGUUACUGAUGCACUGAUGUUGCUACAGGAAACGACUUCAUUUUAA